AUGUCAGAAUUACCGUCUCUUCCUCCCAUCUCUGAAUUAAAUUUGCAAGAUUACAAUACGUUUAAUUCAUCAAUAAAUAUUUUAUUUGAACCUUCACCACCUCUCGCAAUUAUUCUCUAUACUUUUCGCCCUUUUGAAUCGUACACUUCUUUAAUUUCAACUGCAACUAAAAUAAUUUUUGAAAAUGGUUCGUUAACUUACAAACAAAAACUUGAAAUUAUUAAUGCUCACCCACGUUUAGGUGAAAAUAAAAAAAAAUUAUCAGCGAUGAGUUUAAAAGAACAAGGAUAUUCUAAAACAUCAUCUAAUGAGUUAAAAGAAGUAAAUGAAAAAACUUCUAAUGUUUUAGAUGAAGUAGUAAAUAAAAAAUUACGAGAAUUAAAUGAAGUGUAUGAACAAAAAUAUGGAUUCAAAUUUGUCAUAUUUGUUAAUGACAGAACAAGAGAAGAAAUCAUACCUAUUCUAGAGGAAAAAAUAAAAAAUGGUAAUAAGGAAGAUGAAUUAAAUAGAGGUUUAGAAGACAUGAUGAAGAUUGCAUUUGAUAGAUUGAAGAAAUUAAAUUUAGAAGACAUAAUGAAUAUUACAUUCGAAGAAAUUAAAUAG